AUGCUGGAGCCCUUCGAAGAUGCGACUAAGAUUUAUGCCCUCACCGGCGACGAUUUUCGGUUGCUGCUCACCCACCAGCCAGCGGAUCCCGUCUUUGAUGGGCUGACCUUGUUUUGCAUCGUUGUCUUCGUCCUGGAGAUCGUUCUGUGCAUGUUCGCGAAGGAUGACUACAUUCUUAGCUUCUUCUUUUUCUUGGACAUCAUCUCGACGGUCACCUUAGUGCUAGAUCUGACGUGGAUCGCAGACAGCAUUCAGGGAGACGAAGAGGAUAUGUCCAAUGAUCAGUCGGUCUCUGGAACUGCGAAGAUUGGAGCUAGAACCUCUCGAGUAGUUCGAGUCCUGAGGCUGAUCAGAAUCAUCAAGUUGUACAAGGCUAUUUAUGAGGCUAGGCAGUUGCAGAAGAAGAAGGAGGAGCUUGCAAAGCAGAUCACCCUCGAGCAGAUGUAUCCGGGGAACGAUGAUGAGGAUUCCUAUGAUGACAUGGAGGUCCAGCAGGCUAGCAUGACAAAGGCACCAGGCAAGGAGAGCCGCGUUGGGAAGAAGCUCUCCGAGCUGACCACACGGCGUGUGAUCCUACUAGUUCUGGUGAUGAUGCUGGUGCUCCCAUACCUCAAGGUAGAAGAGGCUCAGCAGUUCCCGACCUCUGCUGCAUACGGCGCGGAUAUUGUUAACCAGGCCUUUGACCAGUACUUGGCAAGCAACUCAACCUCUGACAAGGACAAGUACGACAUGGCAUUGCUUGAGUACAUCUACUAUCACAACUGGUACACGAAACAGCUGAGCGAUUGUCCCAUCGUGACAACAGACGCAACCCGACAAUGUGACAGCUCGAGAUCCUUCGACUCUCACGUGUUCUGGGUUGGCUUCGUGAGCACGAACGAGGCAUUGCUGCUGGAAAGGCUUCCCAAAGCAGCGGUAGCUCCAAGUUCGGUGGCAGAUAUGGAAGCUUUGGUGACCCAGACGUCGGUCGGUGAUCAGGCCUGGCUCUACGUCUUUGGCCACAUGCCAACCAACGUCCAGACAACUCUUGGCCUCAGCUGGAGCAGAGAUUGUCCCUUGCAAAACCAAGACAAGAAGCGGCGUGGACUAUCACUUCUGGCAGAAGCCUUUACAGAAGGUCAGUGGCACGUAGACUAUGCAGUUCCUUGCCCAGAUGACCUGCGAAGAGCUGAACGGAAGAAGUACACUCCUCGCCUGAACGUCGCGAAAAGUCAGUCUGACGAAAUCCACCUUGCGUUUUACUUCGACUUGCGACCGUUUGUGAAGCAGGAGUCUGUGUUUAACCUGCUCACCGUGGUGUUCGUUUGCAUCAUGCUACUUCUGGCCUCCAUCGGCUUUACCAACGAUGCGAAUCGACUGGUCCUGUACCCUGUUGAGAACAUGAUCGCCAAGGUGGAGACGAUCCGGGCAAACCCUUUGGCUGCAAUGAAGGUGGCCGAUGAGGAGUUUAAGGUCGAGGAGAUCAACAGGGCCAAAGCAGCCAAGCAGGAGAAGACUCGCUGCCAGGUGUUCUUGGAGUCCAUAGGGUGCUCCUCCAAACGAGAGAAUGCAGAGAUCAUGGAGACGGUCAUCCUUGAGAAGACGAUCAUUAAGCUAGGAUCCCUCCUUGCCCUUGGCUUCGGAGAGGCUGGUGCAAACAUCAUUGAGCACAACAUGCACGGCGUCGACAGUGCCUGUGUAGAUGCCAUGGUGGAGGGAACUCGGGUGGAGUGCAUCAUCGGUGCCACGCGAAUACGUGAUUUCAGCACUGCAACAGAGGUGCUGCAGGCCAAGGUGAUGACCUUUGUCAACCAGAUAGCAGAGAUUGUUCACGGGGUCGUUGACGAGUUCCACGGCGCAGCCAACAAGAACAAUGGCGAUACCUUCCUCAUGAUCUGGAGAGUGUCCGGUGACGAUGAGAAGGUCGCCAAGCUGGCCGACAUGUCCAUUCUGGCUUUCACGAGGAUUCUCGGUGCCAUUCACCGGACGCCAGUGCUGGCGGCGUACCGCGGUCACCCUGGUCUGCAGCAGCGCUUGGGAAAGAAUUGCAGGGUGAACCUCAGCAGUGGCCUGCACUAUGGCUGGGCGAUCGAAGGAGCGGUGGGUAGCGAGUUCAAGAUUGACGCAUCAUACCUUUCGCCAAAUGUCAGCAUUGCCGAGACAGUGGAGCGGGCAACGCAGAUCUACGGCGUUAGCUUGUUGGUUGCGGAGUCGGUUGUGUCCAUCUGCUCCGCGGGGGUGGCGGCGAAGUGCAGGCUCAUCGACCGGGUCAUCAUCACUGGGUCCGUGGUUCCAAUGGACCUCUACGUGAUUGACCUAGACUACAUGAGCCUUACAGUGGAGCCACCUUUGGGGCCCCAACGCUGGACGACCAAAGAUAGGUUUAAGGUGAGACAGUUUCUCGAACACGAGAAAGAUCAGAAGCUCGCUGAUGGUGUCAAAAUGGUGAACCUCUUCAACGAGAAUGCAGACAUCGCUUCCAUGCGCUUCCGAUACACGCUGGAGUUCAUCCAUGUCUUCAACAUGGGCUACCAGAAUUACUCGCAGGGAGAGUGGCAGGUGGCACAAAGAAUGCUAGCUCGCACCAGAGACAUGCUCGGAGUGGAGGACGGACCGAGCGUCGCGCUCUUGAAGUACAUGGAGCGGACAAGCUUUGAGGCUCCAGACAACUGGAUGGGUAUCCGCGAUCUUGGCCAUGCGUCGCUGUCCUAA